UUCACGUCCAACGGGUAUGUACCUGUGAUUUAAUUGUACAUGGAUUGUACGUGCAUGUACGAAAUAGCUUAUCCGAACGCAAACCCCUCUUGCCCCUCUUUUGUAACUUUCACUCGCUCAAAAUAAAGCUUCUAUCGUCCUUUGGCUCAUACUUUAGGUUAGGAUAGGAUAUACCUAAGGUACCUACGAACACGGGAAUUAAUCUAUAAAUACCCCAAAAGUCAUCAAGAAGCAAUAUUCUCUUUUUCUCAAGACUUAUAAUCUUCCCUAAUAGACACAAUGUCCCGCCACCAAGCGUAUCGUAAUUACGACUACGAGAAUGACCUCGACGAAUAUGAAGGAGACGAAUUUGGAGAUGAGGAAGAGGAAUUAAGCUCGGAGGAUCAAGCACAAAUGAACGUCGGUACUGCCCAAGUUCGAACCGCUCUCGGUGUCGAAUCAUCCAAGGUUACCACCAAGCAAAUCCAAGAUGCGCUAUGGCAUUACUAUUACGAUGUCGAUAAAUCUGUGACUUAUUUAAUGACUAAAUAUGUCGCGCCUUCAACCAAAAAGAAAGGAGGAGGUGAAGCACAUGCACAGCACGUCUCAUUUGCCGGCUUCUUUAGCGACAUGCCGUGGUUAAAUAUCCCAAAGGACCGAGAAACUACAUUCAUCGUACCAUCACAGCCCCGAAGCGGACUGCUAGGGGGUGCUAGCACAGACGGCAAGGUUUCUAAACUCCAAGCACUCGCUGCUGCUCGCAAGAAGAAAGCAGAAGAUAGGAAAUUGGACGAGAAACAACUACAAGAUGCAACACAGAAAUUAAGCAACCUCUCUACCACUCCGACGCAACCUGAAUCUAGUAAAGAGAAUGCGCGGCCGACCGCAACAACGCCGAGAGGAACUACUGGGUUUAGAAGCGCUAGUAUAGCCAGUAUAUCCCAACGGACAGAAUCUAAAAGCCCAAAUGUUGUGGAGGACGAGGUUCAAGGCCAGCCAGAAAAAAAUAGUACCGGGCCAACCAACCCACCGGCAUUUGCGAACCCUUUACAACCAGCCGUGUCAUUUGAGGCUGCUGCGCCGUCUCCCUUCGCUCAGGCCCUUCUCGGCUCCAUUAAUGGUUCUAUCAAUUCCGUGCCGAGAACUUACCCGUUUCCUUAUAUCAAUUUGACUUCAUCAGUAACUGACGCAUUCUCAGCGCCAAGCCCAGAUGAUGUAGUCUUGGCAGCACAGUCCCAAGCAAGCAGUAAAAAGAUUGCUGCUACUACGACUAAGAAGAAGGCCAGCGCGAGAGGAAAAGUCGAAGAGGUUACGGACGGUGUGAAAGGCCUUAAUAUCCCUGAAACGCCAUUGCCCAAGAGCAAGAAUGUUGACGUGCUUAAGGAAUUUGAGAAGGCCAAGAGGAAGAAGAACGCAAGCUUCGUAGUUGUUGGCCAUGUGGACGCUGGUAAAAGUACUCUAAUGGGGCGCCUGUUGCUGGACCUCAAUGUCGUCGACCAGAGAACGAUACAGAAAUAUCGCAAAGAAGCCGAAAGUAUAGGGAAAUCUUCGUUUGCACUUGCGUGGGUGCUAGACCAACGAUCGGAGGAGCGAUCGAGAGGCGUAACUAUUGACAUCGCAACAAAUAAAUUCGAGACGGAAAACACAUCGUUUACGAUUCUAGAUGCGCCUGGACAUCGAGAUUUUAUCCCCAACAUGAUCGCCGGCGCGAGUCAAGCAGACUUUGCGAUCUUAGUAGUGGACGCAACAACCGGCGCAUUUGAAGCUGGGCUCAAGGGACAGACAAGGGAGCAUUCUCUUCUCCUGCGCAGCAUGGGUGUCUCUCGAGUGAUUGUCGCAAUUAAUAAGCUGGACACGGUUGGGUGGUCUCAAGAACGGUUCGAUGAAAUUUCGCAACAAGUAUCCGGCUUCCUCUCGGCAACAGGGUUCCAGCUCAAAAAUGUUAGCUUUGUCCCCGUGUCGGGCUUACAUGGAGACAACAUAGUAAAAAGGGCCACAGACGCAGCAGCCAACUGGUAUUGUGGGAAAACGCUCGUCGAGGAAUUGGAGAGCUCAGAGCCAAUGGCCCGAGCAUUGGACAAGCCUCUACGCUUAACUAUUUCCGAAGUUUACCGUACAGCACAGAGCCCGCUUACAAUAUCCGGGAGGAUAGAUGCAGGCUCGGUGCAGGUGGGCGAUGCACUAAUGGUUCAGCCAAGCGGCGAGAAAGCUUACGUCAAGUCUUUGGAACUUGAUCGUGAGCCAGUGGACUGGGCCGUGGCGGGACAGAAUGUCGUUAUUCACCUCAGCAAUAUCGAACCGAUCCACGUACGCGUUGGAGACAUUAUCUGUGAUACGAAACAGCCAAUCGAUUGUAUCGACACAUUCACAGUCAAGGUACUAGCGUUCGACAUCCUGAUGCCGAUGCAGGUGGACGUGCACAGGGGCCGUUUACACGCCGCGGGUCAAAUCCUAGAGAUACCAGCCUUGCUCGACAAAACUAAAGGCACCGUUCUGAAAAAGAAACCCAAGAUCGUAAAGCCAGCAAGCGUGGCGAGAGUGGUAGUUAAGAUGGGAACUAAGGUACCGCUUGAAGCAGGCCAGCGUGUUGUGUUGAGAAGUGGAGGCGAGACAGUUGCCGCCGGGUUAUUAGAAUGAGAGUACGACGUGCCCUACGGUUACGAGUCGUGGUGGGUAAAAUAUACCAAGCUCAUGACGCCGGCUACGAUACUGUAGACAGCUUUAUCAGGUUUAUCUUGUGGGAUAAGUGGCGGAUAUAGCGAGCAGUCGAUGUAUACCUAACUUGGAGCUCAUACUUGGGAUUCGUAGUAGAAGACGUAAGCUACUUAUACAUAGAUACUAGUAUGUAUAAUGCAGUGCCACGUUUGAGGCUCUAAAUACCAGCACAAGGCUGCACUUUAUAUAGAUGAAGGAUUAUGUAUCUCGCUAAAAAUGGUCUCUGAAUAGGUACCUAGAUAUCAAGUACGUAUAGCAAUUCGAUAAGAUGAAGUGGAC